AUGCACAAAAUGUUAUUGAAAUUUUAAAAAUAAGAUUAAAAAAAUAAAAGGAAUAUGAGAUGUCAUUCAGUAUGAACUUUUUAAAUAGAUAAGACCUAUGAAUGUUAAGUGUUUUGCCCAAACUCAACCAAGUGGUAGGUCACAGAGGCAGGGUUUGAAAUUCCUUUCCUCCUUCUUGUCUAGUAGGUCCCCAGUGACAUGACACAUUCUACUCCAUUGCUCCCCCACCUCAGUACCUCUUGUUCUCCAAUACAAAACACACAUACAUCCUGUGAGGCAACAUUCUGAAGAUGUUGAGGGGAAUUGGUGUCAUCAAGUCCUUGGACAGAAACUCCGGGCACAGCCAGUCAUAGGUGGAUCCAAGAGCUAGGGAUAAGAUGGAGGUGGCAGGAUGCUGGAAGUCACAGAUGCUGCUGUUGCUAUUUCUCUGUGUUUCAGCAUUACAAGAUCCCAUGGAAGAGGAGGAAGAGAUGUGCAUAGUAAAGGGACAAAACCUAACUGUGGGAUGAGCCCACCAUAUUGUAAAACAUUCUAAUGCCCUGAAGGCCUGGCACAGAUUUGGAAAUAAUGGCCAACUGGAGACACUGGCACAAAUGAAUACCAUGAAUGGGGAGCCCAGCUUGGUCCAUGCUGGCAGGUAUUUUUUAAAGGAUGGUCCUCCUGAUGCUGUGCUGAAAGUCACUGAAAUGGGACUCCAGAGGCAAGAUGUUGCAUUAUACCAGCAUGUGAUCUAUCACCUACCUCGGUACCCCGUCAUCUUGUACCGUUACAUCCAACUGACCACAUGCAAUGAGGGGCAGCACAGGGCCAGAGAAGCAAUCAGUCCACAGUCAGUCAGUCAAUCAACUUGCAUAUAUUAAGGCUUACUAUGUGCCAGGU